AUGAGCAAUCAGUACAAGGAGGAGGGCUGUUCCGAGAGGCCCGAGUGCAAAAGUAAAUCUCCAACUUUGCUCUCCUCCUACUGCAUCGACAGCAUCCUGGGCCGGAGGAGCCCAUGCAAAAUGCGGCUGCUGGGAGCCGCGCAGAGUUUGCCCGCCCCACUGGCCAGCCGCGCCGACCAGGAAAAGGCCGUGCAAGGUAAGGACAGAGAGAGAACAACUCUGAGGCCUGGUGCCUCAAAGAGGGGCAAACAUCUCCCCAGGGGCUGUCUCUCCCUUCCUCUCAGCUUCCUGAAGCACAGGCCAAGCUUCGCUUUGGGGAAGGGGGGGAGCUUAGAUUCUCGGAAUUGGUCUUUAGGUCGUUUAAAUGCUCCCUUUGGUGGCCUGGGGGGUGCUCUGAAGAGGGGCGACAGACAGACACACGCUGUCGAGCUGCUGGAGGACGACGCCCGCGCGCUGCUCAAGGAGCCCCGGCGCUGCGCCGUGGCCGCCACUGGUGCGGUGGCCGCCGCCGCCGCCGCCGCCGCCGCUGCGGCCACUGAGGGCGGGGAGCUAUCGCCUAAGGAGGAGCUCCUGCUGCACCCUGAGGACGCUGAGGGCAAGGACGGCGAGGACAGCGUGUGUCUGUCUGCGGGCAGCGAUUCGGAGGAGGGGCUGCUGAAGCGCAAACAGCGGCGCUACCGCACCACGUUCACCAGCUACCAGCUGGAGGAACUGGAGCGGGCCUUCCAGAAGACGCACUACCCAGACGUCUUCACUAGGGAGGAAUUGGCCAUGAGGCUGGACUUGACGGAGGCCCGAGUCCAGGUCUGGUUCCAGAACCGUCGGGCGAAGUGGCGCAAGCGGGAGAAGGCGGGCGCGCAGACCCAUCCUCCCGGGCUGCCCUUCCCCGGGCCGCUCUCGGCCACCCACCCGCUGAGCCCUUACCUGGACGCCAGCCCCUUCCCUCCGCACCACCCAGCGCUCGACUCGGCCUGGACGGCCGCCGCCGCCGCCGCCGCCGCCGCCUUCCCGAGCCUACCUCCGCCUCCUGGCUCGGCCAGCCUGCCGCCCAGCGGGGCGCCGCUGGGCCUGAGCACUUUCCUCGGAGCCGCUGUGUUCCGACACCCGGCCUUCAUCAGCCCUGCGUUCGGCAGGCUCUUUUCCACCAUGGCCCCCCUGACCAGCGCGUCGACCGCGGCCGCGCUCCUGAGACAGCCCACGCCGGCCGUGGAGGGCGCGGUGGCGUCGGGCGCGCUGGCCGACCCGGCCACCGCGGCCGCAGACAGACGCGCCUCUAGCAUAGCGGCGCUGAGGCUCAAGGCCAAGGAGCACGCCGCGCAGCUCACGCAGCUCAACAUCCUGCCGGGCACCAGCACGGGCAAGGAGGUGUGCUAA